AUUUGUAAUUGUCGGGUAUGAAAGAUCUGAUUUGUGUUGGUUUUGCCAACCAAGUUGAUGUGUAAAAGUGAAAAAAGAAAGAGGGAGUGAUGAUGUUGGCAUAGUUGGAGGUCCCGCCAAAGGAAAGGCAGAGACUUUUUGGAUUCCGUGUUUUGGAAAUAAAAUCAUUUUUCCUGCUUCUCCAACUAUUCCUUUCUUAUCGAUUGUUGAAUCCCACACUCCUCAACAUUUUCAUUUCUUAUCAACGAGUGAGACUCUCUGCACCGUCACAGAAGCACCCAAGGUUUCGCAAACAUGAACGGGAAAGCAUCCGUCUCUAAGGAACUCAUUGCCAAGCACAACAAGAUCUUAGAGGGGCUUCUUAAGCUUCCUGUAAACAGGGAAUGUGCAGACUGCCGGAACAAGGCACCACGAUGGGCAAGUGUGAACCUAGGGAUUUUCAUUUGCAUGCAAUGUUCAGGGAUUCACCGGAGUCUCGGAGUGCAUAUAUCGAAGGUGCGAUCAACAACUUUGGAUACAUGGUUGCCAGAUCAAGUUUCUUUUAUGCAAUUCACAGGUAAUGAGAAGUCAAAUAAGCACUGGGAGGCAGAACUGCCGCCAAAUUUUGACAGAAGUAGAUUGGGAAUUGAGAAGUUUAUUCGUGCCAAGUAUGUGGAGAAAAGAUGGGCUUCCAAAGUUGGAGUACAAUCAACUUCAAAGUCGGCUGAAAUGAUCUGCAACUUUAAUGAGUCACCAGAUGGUGGGGUUAGGAGUGAUAUUCCAAAGAACAGUAGGAGACUUUCUCUUGAAGAAAGCAUUCUUGCGAACCACAUGGCACAAAUUCUGCCCCCAGUAACAAGAUCUCCUGUGGGUUCUAUGGACAUGCAAAAGAAGUGUUCACCUCCAUUAAAGAGGCCAUCCUCAUCAGUUGAUUUUGACAAGUCCACAGGAAAGAGUCAUGGUACUUCUGACUUUUUCAGCCUACUUUGCAUCCAUGACGAUAAACAGAACUUCUCAACUGUACCUCCUUCAAGCUGGGCAACAUUUGAUUGAGGUGUGUCAGUGGGGAGUAAGUUUAUAGAUUGAUCAGCUAGUCCUUGGUGUGGAUGUCACAAGAUUAUAGUUGUGGAUGACGUUGCAGUGACAUGACAUUGAGCUGUAUAAGUUUGGUGUGUGCUUCUCUUCUCAUUUCAAUUUUUGUACUUUAAUAUUUUCACGAACCUCAAGAUUUCUGUACGUUCCCCUAAAUCCAGAGACUCACCGUGGUCUGUGAUCUUUUGUUGUAAAAUUACCUGAGUCAAGUCAAGUCAGUUCAAAUUUGCUUGCUUAUAUAAUUAGAGUAAUUACGUGUUACAGGGUAGGUUUUAGCUGUUGAGUUAUGUUACGGCCCAGCUGGAUAUAAGGCCCAGAAGGACUAUUAAGCGGCCCACUUAUUUGGAGGAAUACUCUUGUUGAUGAUAGGAGCAGAUUCCAUGUUUUGUUUGUAUAGGGGGGAGGUGCGAGUCUAGAGUCUGUAAGGGUGGGUAUACUUCAGUGUAUUAAUUCAUGAAACGGUUAAGAGGAUGUAGAAUGUAUUAAA